AUGCGGAUCUCGAUCAAGAUAUCCGUCAUCCUUUGGGCGGUGGUGUUGUUGGCUGGAACGGGGUACAUUCUCGCGCGGUUGGUGGCGUUUGUGGGCCUCUUUUUCCAGCAUGCCGGGAUUCAGCUACGGCAGGCGGAUGCGCUUGAGGCGUAUAACCAGGAUGGACAUGGGUUGUUGGGGGGGGGAGGGAAGAGGGUUCAGCAUAUUCCAAAGAUUGUGCAUCAGGUUUUUCACAAUUGGAAGGAACCGGGGAAUGAUAGUUUGCCGGGGGAUUGGGAGGGGGUUAGGGGAGGCUGUGUGGAGAGGAAUCCGGGGUGGGAGUUUAAGUUGUGGACCGAACGAACCUCGAGAGAAUUUAUCGAAAGGGAAUACCCUUGGUUUUUGAGGACGUAUGAUGGGUAUCGGUACAAGGUGCAGAGGGUGGAUGCCGUGAGGUACUUUUUGCUGUAUCAUCAUGGGGGAAUAUACAUGGAUCUGGACAAUGGCUGCAAAACGGACUUGACACCUCUACUAUACUAUCCGUUUUGGAUCACCGACGGCGGCCGCGGAGCUCUCUCGAACAACAUCCUUGCGUCGAAGCCUCGCCACCCGUUCUGGAACCUCGUUACAAUGUCACUGAUGGAGUACGACUGGAAUUAUUUCUUUCCUUACAUCACCAUCAGUUUUGCGAGUGGGCAGUGGUUCGAAACGGCUGUGUGGGAGAAGUACCACUCGUUGCUGCCGAAGCCUGGGGCAGAUCCCGAGAUGGAACACAGAGGUUACCGGUUGAUCAUGGACGACAGGCCGGAGGCGGACGAGUGGAUCUUUUUUACCCAGGAAAGAGGUGGGACUUGGGUGAACUGGGAUAACAAGAUGUUCUUGGCUAUUGGUGAGCAUCUGUUCUUGCUGUUUGCGUCCCUCGUGGGGUUAGCAGCGGUGGUGUUUUGGGGAGGCUCGAGAUGUUUGAGGAGAUACAACAGAGCUGGAUAUACGAGACUGAAGAACAGGAAUGUCGUCGGGAGCUCUGUUUGA